AUGUGGUAUUCAAAGUUUUUAUGUAUAUGUGCACUUAUUACAUUUAUUUAUUGCAAGGACGAAAACCCAAAGAAAAAUGUAGAACCGAAGUUGAAAUUUGUAUUUGUUACUGUAAGGGGACCAGCACAUUGGCCUUGUGAUUAUCCCGGAGGGCCAACAAUUUUCGGAAGAUCUGAAUUUACUAGUCGAUUGAGUUGGCGUGGAAGAAACGAUGCCUAUGAUUACGGUGUAGAAAUUGGAAAAAUGUACAAAGAAAAGUUUGGAAUAAAAAAAUGGACCAAAGAUAAAUACUGGAGCUUUGCCAGUGGUUCUCCCAGAACUCAACAGGCCGCAUUGGUUUUAGCAGCCGGGUUGGAAAAUAAGAGGUAUAAAAAAGAUCGUAUAUGGUCUAUAGCAAAAAAGAAUUCUACACAAUUUCCAGCGAUGCAGGAGUAUACCAAAUUUUAUAGUGCAGAAAAAUGUCCAAGAUUUUUCCAAGAACUUGAAGUAAAAUAUCCCAUUAUAAAAGAUGAAGUCAUAAAAGCUAUAGCCGUUUUGAAAGAAAAAAUUGUACCAAAAAGAACUGCUAUCCAAACUCCACAAGAUAUCUGGCUAGCAUACGAAUCGUUAUAUAACGUGUUUUAUUCAUAUAGAAAAAAAAAUUAUCGCAAAAUGAAGUACUGGAAACGAAUUCGAAGCGAACUUAAACAAUAUUCGAAACUGUUUAUGUGGUCUUCUUUGACAGCAGAUGAAAUACAAAGAAAACUGGCUUCAGAACCAGAAAAUAAUGAACGUAGAUUAUCAAUACUAACGGUUCCACAAGGUAUAUUUGCAGCUUUAGUAACAGGAUUUGCUCCAAAUGGAACUACUAUAGAUGCAAAACUAUUUGAUCCUGACGAUUUGUAUCCUGAGCAUGGUGCAAUGCACAUAAUUGAAUUAUAUCAAACCAUUGAUAAUAAAUGGCAAGUCAAAAUACUUUAUAGAAAAAAGAAGAAAGAUUGUUUGAAAGCUUUGCGUCUGCCAGGAUGCAAUAAAAAAGGAAAGCUGCCUCCUAAUUUUUGUGCGCUGAAUCACUUGAAAAGUGCUGUGAACGAAAUUUCUUUAGAACCAGUAAAACACGAUAAACUCUGCAAGGAUCCUGCAGAAUUUUAUAAAUAA